CAAUUGGCUCUGUAAACAUGGUAAACGAGCAAGUUUUGGAAACCAAGCCUCAGUUUAUUACUCUCAUUACAUACCGAUGGAUAUGCAGCGAAGAAGGCUGUGGACAUAAUGAAUUACCUGCUUCGAUUGUUGAUGUGUUUCCUCGUAACAAGAUCAGUUGCUGCAAAGCUGGUCGUGAGGAGUAGCAGCCCGGUUACCUCCUUUGUCGGCGACCGGACUGAGUUGACAUGCUCCUUCUCCCCAUCCAGCUCCCCGGGAUCCUCAUUCGCUUGGUCUCUCGACGGCAAAAAUGGAUUCAGCGAGCAGGUACGAUUAUGUGGCGGCGAAGAUUGCGAUUCAACGCGACACCAAUCCGUCAUAUCUGAUGAAAACGGAACGGGGAGGAUGACGAUCAUCAUUUUGGAUACGGUCCUGUUGGAUGCUGGGAAUUACACCUGUUUGGUGCUGAACAACCAUGAUGCGCAAUCAGCCGUGGUGAAUCUGGACGUUACGGAGUGUACUGUCCACCGACCGACCGUAGAUUGCGACGACAGUAUUGACCUCAACUCAUUCAUGGAUCUCACGUGCUCAUAUCUUACCCCGGACCAGACUUUGGGAAAGUUCACGCGGAUCGCCAAAAUAUUCCUCUCACCUUCCUUGAGACCCGAAUAUACAUCAAGUUUGCCCGGGUUUGAGAUUCACGUGAACGUUACCCGGGAUAGCAUUCCAAAUGCCUCCGAGGUAGCGGCAGACCUGCGACUGAUUUCACAGUGCUGUAGGACGGAGUCGUCUAUGCCAUGUAGACCACCUGAUGGACAGAACGUAUGCUCUGACGUCUGCUCCACCGAUGUGUAUUAUCCACCUUCUGACCUCGUCUUGACCCGAUCCCCAUUGGAACCUUGGCGGGAAGGAUGGCACAAUGCAUCCUUGGCGUGCAGAUCAAAUGGCUUUCCACCACCUAGUGUCUCCUGGAGGAAGGUUCAAGAGGACACCUCACCUGGCAUUGUCUUAGCUAACGGGACAGGGUCAUCCUGGUUGUUCAUUGCAGAGGUGCAUCGCAAUCAUUCUGGAGAUUACCGAUGUGAAGCCGGUUUGGCGGCGCAAAGAACAACUAUCUCUGUGCAAUAUCCCCCUGAUAUUGAUCGACGGGUGUCCAUUAUUCACGCCAAUGAGGGGACCGGAGCCAUCCUUUCGUGUCUUGUUGAUGCCAAUCCUUCAACGACAUCGAUGAUCACGUGGUCAACGCCUAACCAAUCACAGGUCACUACUAGUACCUUCAGAAGACUCUCGACAACUCUACUGGAGAGCAGAUUGCAGGUCGCAGAGAAUGUUCACAGAGAUGUCUUCGGGAAUUAUACUUGUACCGCCAUAAAUUCACUCGGAGCAGAUUCGUUCGUUAUUCAGCUCACCGGAUACUGCUUCCCAGAUCCCCCUCAUGACCUGCAGGUUAUCAGCUCCUCGAAAACAUCCCUCACUUUCUCGUGGACACCCGGUCAAGAUGGUGGCAAGCCGAUGACAUUCGCAGUCUCAUACUGCGUCAACGACACCCAGGAAGAAAGGUGCCGCAGAGAACAGGGGAUAACGGAUUGGCAGUUCAUCCUAGACGGGCUAAGGACCUAUACUCAGUACAGAAUAAUAGUACGAGCAGAAAACGAAGUCGGGAGCAGUGAUGGCGUUGACAUCUUUGCGUCGACUGCUCCGGGUACUGUAGAUGAAUUGGGUAUAAGUGCAACAUAUGAAAUGAAAACAGGAAGGCUUGACAUCUCCUCAACAGAGAGGGACACAAGUGACCUCUGCAUCCAUGCUGAGUUUCACGUCGGCGGGUUGCAGAAAAUGAAUGAAACGUGUUUACUUCCGGGUCGGACGGUGUACAUCACGAAUGGCGCCAGGGAGCAUCAGCUGUGGCUGGUCGUGUGUGGCCGUGGUGUUUGCAGUGCCUCAACACGUGUGGAGUACCUGGAUGGCAGCGAUGGAAGAUGGAGCCUGCUCUUCAUCUUGGUCGUUUCACUGGGAUGUUGUCUCGGGGUGACUGUGUUAGUUAUUAUUUCCUACUGGCUGUGUCGCGUAACAAAAGAAAGACGAUCUUGGAGUUCUGCGGAUUUUGAUGGCAUGUCAACGAUUCAAAGAGCCCUUCCCUUACCCCCGGCCUGUGCCCUGGCGAUUGGAAUAGGCCCCAAUUCGUUCAAAAAUGAGGACUCAGAACUUCAGAACUAUGAUGCAAUCUUGAAUAUCAAGGGUAAGGAAAUCAGUGACAACCAGCACAACUCCAACAUCAAUACACCGGGAAACGCCAUCACUCAAUCGGAUCUAAAGAUCACCCAUGGAGAUCUGUUUCCUCCAGAAGGCUACAUGAAGAUGGAUGCAGGCAAGACAGUAGGUGUCCCUGACCAAGGCAUCUACACCACCGACUUGCAUCUCAUACAGGACGGGCCGAAGGAAGCUGAAGGAAUUCCUUACGGGAACGCGGCGAUCGUCCAGACAUGCCAGAAUUUGACGCCAAAGGCGACGGACAAACCUGUGCAGCUGCCCCACAUCGAGGUCAAUGAUGACACCUACACGGUUGCCGAACAUAACAAGGAAGAGCCUUCGGACUACAUGGUUCCGACGAGUCCAGGAUGCGAUUCUAUCCAUGAUACUGCCCUGUAA